GAGAGAGAGAGAGUGUGUGUGUGUGUGUGUGCGUGUGCGUGUGUGUGUCAGCCGUACCCAUCAUGGCCCCUGAGCAGCAGCUGAUCAGACGGACCGGCGCUCCGCCAUCCUCCUCCAGCGAGCCGCGGCCCCGGUGAACCGGCUCCAUGUGUCCCCCAUCCUCGGUCAGAUAUCUGAGCAAGAGGGCCGUGCUCCAGCCGCCCAGCGCGAAAAUGAAUAAGGAUUAUUCCAUUAAUCUAUCGGUGCAGCAAGUGCUCAGCCUGUGGGUCCAGGGCACGGUACCGACCCUACAGCACUUCACAGAAAUGUGGUACUGGGUGUUCCUGUGGUGUCUAUUCUCCUCUCUGUUGGUUCACAGCGCCGUGGGUCUGCUGAUGUGUGUGACGCUGCAGCGUCAUAAGAGAGGACGGCUCAUCACACUGGUGCUCAUCAGCGUGGGCUUCCUGGCCUCGCUCACCGGAGGGGUCAUCACCAGUGCGGCAGUGGCGGCUGUGUACCGUGUGGCAGGGAAGGACAUGGCUCCUCUUGAAGCCCUGGUGUUCGGGGUGGGCCAGACCGCUUUCACCGUCAUCAUUUCAUUCUCACGGAUCUUGGCCACUCUUUGAACGGACGGAAAGCAUCAUUGAUUGACACACCUAACAGCCAAUCAGCCGGCAGAAGAGCCGGGCUCGAGGUGAGUGUGGUUAAACCACAGAGGUUUGGCCUGUGGUGCAAAGAAAUGAGCUUUAGGAGUCAAUGGCCAAUGGACCACUAUAUGAAACCCUCUGGAGUGGCACCUCUUGGAGAAUUGAACUUUUCAAGAAGCAAAAACAGCAUUAUAGGCCAAUGACUGAAACUCACUCAACGUGCCAACUGCCUCGAUGGAGGAUUGAGAUGAAUCUUGGGAUGUCUGUUCAUUUUUGCUGAACAUGUGUUUUGUUUUUGCACACGGAUUGCUUCAGCUUUAUGUAAACUGAGUGGUGUUGGGCCAUAAAGCCAAGAUGGAUGCAUCAAAAGCAUCCUCUAAUAAUUUGUCUAUCUGUCUAUGUAUCCUUAAUCAGUGUGGGAAAACACCC